AUGUUGGAUCCAAAACCGAUCAUUGAUGGGUACGAUACCUCUGACGAAAGUGUUAGUGAAGAACCCGAUGAAGAAGAAAGUGACUCUGGCAUCACUAUGGACAGUACAGACUUUUCCUGUGAUGAAAGUGAGCACGGUGAAGUCGAAGUAUUCGAAGAUGAGGAUUAUGGGUGCGAGACGGCCGAUGAAAUAGGGGAGUUCGAAAAGACUGAGGAAGUUGCAGUGAAUGCAACAGGAGGCGAAGUGGAGUCCAUCACGUCAACAGAUCUAGAGGAAACUGAGGGUGACAUUCUUUCAAGUGAUACUGAUGAUGAAGCAGAAGAGUCCUCAGAAGAUGACGACGAUUCUAAUGAAGAAAAUGAGGAAGGUGAUGAAUUUGAAGAAGUAGAAGAAGAUGAGGAUGUAAUUCAAACGAUGCCAAUGAGUGGUCUCAAUGGAGUAAAGCGCCGUGCCCCAGAAGAAGCUCAGGAAGAUGAUUUCUAG